AUGGAUCAAUCAUAUUCAGAACCAACGUCUCCUCUUCAUUAAUCUAUGACUCUAAGAAAAUUGAAGCAAGAGAGUGAAAAUUCUAAAAAUAUUGAGAGAUAGGAAAAUAAACUACUUAAUGUAGUCGGCUCAUUAAAACAAAAUAUCAAAGGUCCAUUAGGAAGUGGGGCUGAGUAGAACAGCCGUGAGAUGUCAAAGAAAAGUAAGACUGACAUUUUUAAGCCGAAACAGCAGUAUGAUGAAGUCUAAUAAAAUAAAGACAAGCUACUUGGCAAUCUCAAUAAACUCAAUUCAAAUCCAUUAGAAAUUGUUAACCUUAAUCCACUUGCUCAAGGAACAAAUAAUAGAAUCAGUUUUAUGGGAUUGGGAAAAUCGAAAGUUCUGGCCAAAGGUUUGAAAGAAAGAUUAUUAAAAUAGAUGCAGGAGUAAUUGAAUCAGAAUACGGAAAGAUCAAACGAUCAAUCAGUGAGCAACUAGACUAGCAUUACACCAAGAUAAAACAGCAAUUUUCCUCAUUAGUAAUCUAACUCUGAUAAUAGCUAAGAACUUUUAUAAACUGAAGACGAAAAAGCUAAAUUAAAAAACAUAAUGUCUUUAUUCACAAAAUAGACUGAAAAUGAUAAAUAAAAUCCCUUAACUUUGAGAAGAGGCACAAGCACAGGAAGAUAAGACAAUCAGGCUUAAUUAACAUCUCAAAGCAAAGCAAAUCCUUUAGAUUCAUCUAGGAUAUUAGGUACUGUAGUACGAAUCCCGAAAAACAAUUCCAAGACGAGUAUGAUAGACAUAUUUUGGAGAGCUAACUCGAAGCAGAAUAAGAAGAACUAAGGAAAAAGGUAUAAUUAUCUACUUAAACUUAUUUAGGCUGAACUUGAAAAGGCUGAAAAUGAUAAAAAGAAAGAAGAAUUAGAUGUUAGUAUAGAGCUUCCUGAUGAUAAGGAAGAGAUAGAUGAACUUUUGGAGAACAGGGAUUAGUCUGAGGAGGGAACUCUUUUUUAGUUAAUUUUCUUUGCUUUCUUCAUUGCAUUCUUUAUUCUAGAAAUCAGACUAGAUUCUAGCACUGGUAUGGGAAGAUUGAUUGGAACAAACAUUUUCGAUACAUAUCUAAAUGCUACAUCUAGAAACACCGUAAUGAAUGUGAGUAAUGAGGCUGAGUUGCAGCAAAGUAUAUAUUUCCUCAUUGAUGUCCUCUAUACUGAUGAGCUGUAUAACCCUAACGAGUUUUUGGAAUUGCAUAGUUAUAAUCACUAGCAAGCCACAGAUGAUGUAGCUAAUGAUGAUACUACUUCAGAUACUUAAAGCACAAAUAAUAAUCCACCUCUCUAUGUUGUGAUGAUUCAGAAAUAUAACUAUUUCGCAGGAAUGAGAAUUACAUCACAAUAUGCGAAUCUUGAUUAAACGAAUGAAGAUUUCCAGGAAGUAACUCCUCUUAGAAGAUCUAAUUUCUACUCCGAUCCAAUGUCUACCUAUGGAAAUUUUAAUAAGACAAAUCCUCCAUUUACUUAUUCAGGUGAAGGAGGCUUUAAUGAUAAAGGAGGGUUUGUUAUGUUUUUUAAAGGAAAUGAAACUAGAAAUCAGUCAAUGAAUUAAUUUACAGAAAUGAUUUAGAAUGGGUGGUUUAAAUAAAUCAUAAUAAAGAUGCUAUUGUUUAGUGGCUUUUUUAUUAUGAUGAUGAUUUUAUUUUUCAAGACUCUUUUCAUAACGGUGAAUGCGAUAAAGCUGUUUUUUGUUAGAAAAUCAUUUGAUCUAGCUUGGUACACAUAUAUUGAUGUGAUUGUAGUAGGCCUUUGUGUGACUUAAGCUACUUAUUGGUUUUCGAUAUUUAUGAAUCAGAGAGAUUAAUUUUAUUUGCCGUUUAAAGAUGAGGGGGAUUUCAACAAAUGGAGUUUAUUUGCCUUAAAUAUGAAGAUAUUUUUUGUAUUGAUUCUUGGAAUGUCUGCUAUGUGUGUAAGUAUUGGCUUCUUUGGAUAGCAUGAGGAGAGAUUCAUGAAUGCAAAUGCAUCCAUCAUGACUCUGUUUCAAAUGAUGUUUGGAGAGGUUGAAUUCUAGAAAAUAAAUGCAGCUAAUUCUUUCCUUGCUCCUAUCUUCUUUAUUUUGUUUAUUUUAGCUUUCUUCUACAUUAUAAUCAACUUCUUCUCGGCCAUUAUUAUGAGAACUUAUGAUAACAUGAGGCAAAGGAAGUAGCUAGUCACUGAGGCAAUGGCUGAGAUUGUUGCCUAAGAGGCAAAUCAGCACAAAGAAAUCUGGUUGAAUUUGAUAUGUUGUAGAAUCAAAUAGCCAAAAUAACUGGCUGAGGACGAUGAAGACAAUGAUGAAGAAAAUAGAAAUCUCAACUCAAACAACAAUGUUGAUACUGACUCUGAAGUGAACAACCCAUCAUUGAGUGCUAAGAUUCAGUAUAAUCUUAACUAAGUACGAAAACUACUUUCAGGAUAAAAUCAACUCAAGACUCGCGAGUAAUUUGAGGAGGAACUCAAUAGGACAAAGAUAGCCAUCUUAAAACGCAAGAGACUCGAGAAAAUUAAGAGAAAGUAGCAGUUUACGAAUCCUACAGAUGUUGAAAGCUUCAUAAAACUCAAAGAAAGUGUGAUCUACUCCAUAUUCAUUAUAGUAUACGUUACCAUGCUUCUAUAUUAGACUAAUAAUAAAACCUCCUAAUAAGCAAGUUCUCCCAUCAGAAAUCUUCUAUUCUUUAAGAAAUUUGAGCAGCAUAAGAAAUAUCAGGAUAUGGGGUUAAAAGGAAGCAUGAUUGGAUUUUAAUAAAUUUCAAAUCCAGAUGACAUCUUUGACUUUGUGGGUGAGAUUAUUUUUCCUUUCGUAUAUGCAAAUGAUACCAUUAUGCAGCAGAGCAAUUUGGGAGUGAGUGAAAGUUACAUCAGAUUUACUUUUAGAUUCAUCAAUAACACGAAAAAUGAAGAUUAAAAGACUAACUCAGUUUUCCCAGGUAAACUUAAAACAUAUGAACUUGGCAAAUCUAAACCGAACAGUGAUGAAAUUUAAAUACCUGUAUUCACCACGAAAAAUCAAUAUAUUGACAUGGUGUACAACAAUAAUCGCUAGCCAACUGAGACCUUCAUGGGAAAUGGGGGGUAUCCUAUCCUGUUGAGCAAUGAUACUGAGGAUGGUGGGACUCUAUUUGAUAUGCUAUAUGAAGAGGAUUGGAUGUACUACGGGCUGUCACAAUUGGUAGUAGACUAUGUAGUUUAUAAUCCAAACUAUUAGAAAUUCAUAUACAAUUACAUACUUUUUGAGAUUGAUGGGUCUGGCUUCGUCAAACCUUAUAGUGCUUCAUCAACCUUGUACCUGAAUCAUUGGGUUUCAGCUAAUAGUUUUGUUAUCCUUUUAGAAUUAUUCUAUCUAGCCUUUACUUUAUACUAUUUUCUAAAACUUGUUAGUGCUUUCAAGUAAACAUGGCUUGAGGUAGGCCUAGAAAUUGAUAUAAAGUAUAAGACUCCUAAAAAUGCGAGCAAAUGUUAUAAUAUUGUUAUUUGGUUCCAAAUCACGAUAAAAAACAAUAUUUCUGAAGCUGAUUUUAAGUCUCAUUUGAUUGAAAGGGCAUCUGGGUUGUCGUUCUUACAAGAUGAUUACAGACUACUAGCUCACUUUAAUAUUUUCAUUACUUUUAUGAGAAUCCUUUAAUUUUUUACAUUCUCAAAGAAACUAUCUACUUUCUCAGAAAUUAUUGCCUCAGCUUGGUAUGAUAUCAUAUUUUUUGUACUAAUGUUUGCUGUCGUAAGAUUAUUAACUUAAUUAUCACCUUACUAGAUACUAUUUGGAUAUGCAGUAGCAGGUUAUUCAUUAUUUGGCUCUUCAGUAUUUGAUUUCAGGACAAUAUUUAUGUCAGGUUUCAGACUUUUCAGGAUGAUUUUCAUUGAUUUGAACUACACUGAGCUAUAUUAGACAGACUCUGUCAUUUUUAAAAUAGCCUUGUUUAACAUGUUUAUUGCUAUUAUUGUCGCUCACUAUAAUGAGUUUAGAAGACUUUCAAUUGAAGAAGAGAAUGUUUCAUUCUUCUAAGUUAUUGCCCUUAUACUUAAGAACAAUUUAUUCAAGGGAAAUAAUGAAAAUGGCAAAUGCAAAAAAUAUUGCAAAUGCAUUAAUUAAGAAAAACUACAAUUAUGGUUAUUUGGUAGUGGUGAGAAGAAUAAGAUAGGUGAUAGCAAAGUUUAGAACAACCUUGAUGAGGAAAAGGUUAAUUAAGAAAAAGAAGCAUCGAAUAUUGGCCAAAUAUUAAGAAGAUUCAGCAAACCAGAGUACAAGGAUAAUUAGCUGUCAUAUGGUAUGAAGACCUAUUUUGCUGAUAGAAUAUUGGGAAGUGGAACUAAUUUGAUGAAUGGCUAAUAGGAUGAACAAAUGUAGCAAAGAUAAGUAAAGAAUAUUUCAAUUUUCAAAAGAAUCGAAGAAAUUGGAUAUAAUAGCCAUGAUAUGCUUAAUUCAAACCUUUGGCUUUACUUUUUGGAGGAGAGUUUAUUAAAAUUAUCAUAGAGUAACAUUUCACUCUAUGAUUUGUAAAGUGAAAAUACCAUCUUUACAGAAAGUUUCGAAAGUAUUAAUCCAGAUCAAAUGAGCUCAUUUAUUAAGGAAUUUCUUUCGAUCGAGAGAAGUAAUUUUAAUGAAAGGAAAAAAUUCAUUUUAAAAAGAACUAGGAAUAACAUUAAGGCUAAAUAUGAAAUAUGGAAGUCAUUAGAUAUAGAGAAAAUGAUAAGAUUUAUACAUUCUCAUGUCUCAGAUCCAGGCAUAAAACUGAUAAGGAUACUUAAUGGCUUGGCUGAUGCUGAUACAGAUUGGAAUACUCAGGUAUUCUCUAUGAAGUUUAAUAGAGUUACUAAGUUCUAGCUUGAACUUUGGAACUAUGUAUUCGAUGUAAAUGAAAAAUAUCUACUUUGGUUUGAGCACUUUAAUGCGUAGGAGAGAUAAUUAAAAAGAUAGAAAAAGAUAGCUCAGGGCAAAACCCAGGUUAAUGUGAAUCUUACUCCAACAGAAAUAUAAAAAAUAAGAGACUAAAUCUAUAAUUCCAAAACCAUGCUUUAUAUCUGGAAUCAGCUUAAGAAAAGGCACUUUCAACUGCCAGAAAAAUAAAAACAUAAACGUGGCGCUUAAGCUGACUAGGAAGCCGGUUAGAGUAAAUAAAAAAGGAAGAGUCAUACCUUGUCUAGAAAAGAUUAUGUAGAUAUGCUAAAAUCAAUGUUUAGACUGAUGAUUGGUGGCCUUUCAAAUGAUAGGCUCAAAAUGAUUCAAAGAAUGCAGCAAAAAGAAGGAUAAAAAUAGAAAUUCGAAAUAUAUAAGAAAUUAAAGGAUGAGAUAUUUGAUGAAUCUGAAUACAGGCUAAGUUUAUGGUUACCUCUAAGUAGAUAAGAAAAAUUAGAUAUGAUACUUCAUCAGAGAGUGGAGGAGGAAAUGGAGAUAAUGAUAUUUAUGCUAGAUGAGGAGCUAGAACAUACUAAGAGUAUUAAGAGCAAUUAGGAAGUAGAUGUUGAAAUUGAAAGAGCCUUUGAUCAAUAGAUUUUCAGCAAAUAUAUCCUGUUCGCAAAACUAAUGGCCACUAGGAAAUCAGUUGAAAUGUGCCAGCUAAGAUUAAAUACCAUUAAUGAUGAAGACGAAUCAUUGAUUUAGUAUGCAGGCUAUCUUCAUUAGAAACUUAAAGAUUGUGAAAGUAUUUUAUUACAACUGAAAUAGGAGUUGGCUAAAAAAUAGAAAGCUAAUGAGAAACUUGAAAAAGAGAGAGAUUUAAGAAUUUUAGAGAAUUAACGCAGAAAACAUCAUCAUUAGAAAUUCGACAGUAAAGAUAAAGGAUCUGAAUUUUCAAGAUCAAUGUACAGAAAAAGACAAUCUUUGAGAAGACUAGGAACAAGGUCUAUUAAAUCAAGAGGGUUUUCCAGCAAAAAAGGAGAUAACAAAAAGUUCUCAGAUGCCAUAAAUGAUCUUAUGGAAGAGUCCUCAUCUCUAGAAACAGACUCAUAGGUGGAGGAUUCCUCCAUUGGAGAAGACGAUAUUGAUUAUGAUGGAGACGGGCUUUAUGAUGAGGAAGAGGUUCAUAAAAGAAGUCAGGAUAGUUAAAUUUAUGAGGAAACCUCGGAGCAUCAACACGAUGAUUAGUACAGCUCAUUUGAUGUAAGGUAGAGUAGAAACAGCAAAAUGGAAUAGACAUUUUCGCAUCCCUUAGUUGAAAGUUAUUGGUCAGAUCUCUUCUCCUCAGGAGAGAGACUCGGGUUUACUGCUUACAACUUAGUAUCAUCCUACUUAAACUUCAUUCUUUCCCAGACUUUCAAUACCAAUAAUAGCUAAGCAUUUAUAAAUUAGUACUUUGUUCAGACUGGAACAGUAAAUGCCGUGUAGAAACUGUCAAAUCAAGGAUUAAACGUAAAGCUCUCAACUUAAGAGUGGGCUUAUUUGAUAUUUGCAGUAUUAUUAACGGCUUUUACCACCACUGACACAGGCUUAAGUUACUUUGGUAUGGUGGCUAAUAUAUUUUACAGUUACAUUUAUCUGAGAGAUCCAAACAGCUACAACUCAUCCAACAAAUUCGAUGCGUAUCUCCCUAAAAUCUUGCUUGGAUUUAAAUAGUAUACUUCAGGAAGUAUGUAUGCAAUGAUUGGCUUUCUUGCUGCUGCCUCUAUUUCAGCUCUGUUCAUGAAUGUUCCAAUUCUCAUAAUUUUAAUUGCCAUAUAACUCUUGCCAAGAUUCCUUUAUCAUUAUAUUGUUGGCUAGAUCGCUGCUAAUUUCGCUUUAUUAUAUGCUGUUGAAUAGCUGAUUUGA